UCGCCGGAAUUUCGCUUUCGUUGAUCGUCGGAAUUUUGCAAUUCUUUUUACCUCUCGGGAUCGAGCUGCCGAAAGAGGGAUAGAGAAUUAAAUUUCUUUUUUUUUUUCCAAAAUUUUAUUUCAAAUGAUUCUGUAAUUAUGUUUUUGUAGAAGAAAACAGAGAAAAAAAAUAUAAAAAAAUAAUUCUAUCUCGUGCGGCGAGUAAUGGCUUGCAAUGCAGGAAAAACAUGAUUAGAUCCCCUGCUCUAUCUUCUUCUUUUAAUAUUGAAUUGCUUGUUGCUUUCAAUCCGGGUGUCAUUUCAUGAAACAGUUCGCGGGAUUUUCAAGAGAUUUGGCUCAAAAGAAUGCUUUCCGAGAUAGGGGGAUUAAGUCGGGCGGAAUUGCGACUAGCGACUGUCGGACUUUUAGUUUUCAGUUCUUCAGAUUUGUGGUGUUGAAGCCAAAGGAUGCCAUUUGAGAUCAUGGAUCAAAGGAAUGCAGUGGCAUCAUCCCACUUUUUAGAAGACACUCGUUUCCCUGCUGAGAGAUAAGUUGGAUUUUGGAAACCGAAUACCAUGUCUGAUUAUCAAGACAAGGUCGUUAAUUCAUCCCCAUUGGAAAAACUGUCUACCGAGCAUAUGGAACUCCCCCCAUCAAAUUUGGCAAGAGAUCAAGAAGAUAGGGUAACCAUUGGUUGGAAGGGAAUUACCAAGCUGUCUAAGGCGCAUUCAUGGAAUUCUGUGAAUCACGAUCCAAAAUCAAUGUCAAAUUUGUUUACACAACCAGCAGUGAACUUGAAUAGAAACAGCACGAAUGGCAAUGUGAUCCAGCAUGAAAGUAGUCUGUUUUCAAGUUCAUUCUCUGAAAUAUUUAAGAGAAAUUUGAGAUUAUUGGGGAAUGAUCUACCUUGUCAACAUGCCGGUUCAGCUGCUUCACACCAUGAGGAAGAACCUUUCAAACAUAUAGAAGAAGUUGAGGCACAGACUAUUGGGAAUCUCCUUCCUGAUGAGGAUGAUCUCUUCUCUGGGGUGAUUGAUGAGUUGGGACUUAAAACCCAUGCCAGUAAAGGAGAUGAAUUAGAAGACUUUGAUCUAUUCAGCAGUGGUGGAGGAAUGGAGUUAGAAGGGGAUGAUAGUGUAUCCAUGGUUCCAAGGAAUUCAGAUCUUGUUAGUGUAUUGAAUAGUCAAGGGAGUUCAAAUGGCUUAAUUGUAGGUGAACAUCCAUACGGUGAACAUCCUUCUAGGACACUUUUCUUUAGGAACAUUAAUAGCAAUAUCGAAGACUCGGAGUUAAAGGCUCUCUUUGAGCAAUAUGGAGAUAUUCGAACUCUCUAUGCUGCCUGCAAGCAUCGUGGGUUUGUUAUGGUUUCUUAUUAUGAUAUAAGGGCAGCCCAAAAUGCAAUGAGGGCUCUGCAAAAUAAAUCACUAAAGCGUAGGAAACUUGAUAUACAUUAUUCAAUUCUAAAGGAAAAUCAAUAUGAAAAAGAUGUUAACCAAGGGUCGCUGGUGGUUUUCAACCUUGAUUCUUCUGUUUCAACUGAUGAACUUCAACAAAUAUUUUGUGCUUUUGGAGAAAUAAAAGAAAUUCGUGAAAUUCCACAUAAGCAUGACCAUAAAUUCAUAGAGUUUUAUGAUGUUAGAGCUGCUGAAGCUGCUUUUCAUGCUCUGAAUAGGAGUGAUAUUGCCGGAAAGCAGAUCAAACUUGAACCAAGCCAUCCAUGGGGAGUUAGACGCUUUAUGCAACAGCCCGAGUCAGAGCAAGAUGAACCUAACCUAUGCAAAAGCACUUUUGAUGAGUUAUUAUCAGGCAACGUUUCUCGAGGAAUAACUGCAUCUGGCUGCAUGGAUAAUGGGUCUACCCAGGUAGUUGUACCUGUGAGUAAAUUUGUUGAACCCCCUCGAAGUUCGAGUGUUCCAAUUAACUUGGCCUCUCCAGCAAUAGCGGCACCUAUAGGAAAACAAAUCAGCUUUCUGGAGCCUGACCACUCUCUAGAUGAAGUGAAGUUUGCUAACCAAGGUGUACCAAGUUUCCAUCCCCAUUCCUUACCCGAGUGUCAUUAUAGCUUAGUCAAUGGUAUUUCAUUCAACUCCUAUAGCACCAUAACAGACAUGGCUAGCAGUGCCAGUCCCAUGAUGACCGAAGGACUUGAUAAUAGGCACAUUCGGGGACCACGGUCAAAUGGCCACCUCAUGCAACCCAAUGCAGGAGUUAUUGGGUCACCUGGAAAUGGAAGCUUGCCACUUAAUGGGAAUCAUUACUCGUGGAACAGCUCCAACUUGCGCCAGCAAGAUCUGCCAAGUUCUAUGGUUUGGCCAAAUUCGCCAUCAUUUGUCAAUAGCAUUCAUGCUAACUGCCUUCAACAUAUCCCUGCAUAUCCUAGGACUCCUGUAAUGUUGAAUGUAGAGUCACCUGUCCACCACCACAUUGGCUCUGCGCCUCCAGUUAAUUCUGCAUUCUGGGACAGGCGGCAUCCCUAUACCGAGGAGUCUCCUGAAACUUCAGGUUUUCACCUGGGAUCUCUUGGAAGCAUGGGCUUUACCAGUAAUUCGCUAUCGCAUACCUUGGAAUUUGCUUCCCACAACAUUUUUUCUCAUGCUGGUGGAAAUUGUAUGGAUUUGACGAAAAAUGGUGGGGUACACUCUUCUCAGCAGAUAGGAAACCUAUUCAAUGGCAGGAAUCCUAUGAUUUCAAUGCCAGCAUCUGUUGAUUCCCCUAAUGAUCAUGUUAGAAGCCUUUCGCACCGUCGAAAUGACUCAAAUUCUAGCAACACUGAUAAGAAACAAUAUGAACUUGAUAUUGACCGGAUCAUACGCGAGGAAGACAGCAGAACAACACUUAUGAUUAAAAACAUACCCAACAAAUAUACCUCAAAGAUGCUUCUGGCAGCCAUUGAUGAGCACUGUCGAGGAACUUACGAUUUUAUUUAUUUGCCAAUUGACUUCAAGAAUAAAUGCAAUGUAGGGUAUGCUUUCAUCAACAUGAUUGAUCCAAAACAGAUCAUUCCCUUCUAUAAGGCAUUCAAUGGCAAGAAAUGGGAGAAGUUCAACAGUGAAAAGGUUGCAUCUAUUGCUUAUGCUAGGAUCCAGGGAAAGGCUGCUCUUAUUACUCAUUUUCAGAAUUCAAGCUUGAUGAAUGAAGAUAAACAUUGCCGCCCUAUUCUCUUUCAUACUAAUGGCCCGAAUGCUGGUGAUCAGGAGCCCUUUCCUAUGGGUAUCAAUAUUCGACCAAGACCAAGGAGACCUCGAACCAUUGGUAACGACAAGAACCACCGGCAUGGUAGUUCUUCAACUUUAUCUAACAUGGAGGAGUUUUCCAAUGGGGUCGACUCAUUGACGGGUUCUUCCAAAGACUCUGAUUGAACAGUGUGCUUAUCCAUCUCUAACUUCCCAAGUUCCAAGUAUCUGAACCUUUUUUUUCAGUAGAAACUACUGUAUUUUGAUGGUGGCCCGAUGACUCUUUUUUUGACAUAGAGAAUCAGUUCCGGGAACCAAGAUGUAUAAUCGAUACUAAAUGUAACACCCCUAACCCAUACCCGACCCGGAUAUGAGUCAGAGAUACUACAUUGACUUUAAAACACAA